AUGACUGAUAGUGGAAACGCGAUCAAGCUCGUUUUGCUCGGCGAUAGUGGUGUUGGAAAGACAAGUAUUGUUACCCAAUAUGUAUCAGGAAGUGCCCCAGAAAAUGUUAAUCCAACAAUCGGAGCUGCUUUCGUUACAAAAGACGUAAAUAUUGAUGGCCAAAACCUCGAACUUCUUAUUUGGGAUACAGCAGGACAGGAAGUUUAUCGUGGUCUUGCCCCAAUGUAUUAUCGUAGUGCUCUUAUUGCAUUUAUUGUAUACGAUGUUACAAAGGCUGAGACUUUUGAUUCGGUUUCUUAUUGGAUUCGUGAGCUCAAGACAAACGUCGAGGAGAAUAUUGUUAUCCUCGUUUGCGGAAACAAAGUUGAUCUUGAAGACAAGCGUACAGUAGAAUUCCAGACAGCUCAGAACAUGGCUACAGAGAAUGGCGCCCUCUACGCUGAAACAUCUGCUACAACAGGCACUGGUGUCUCAAGAAUGUUCCAAGUUGCUAUUUCUACACUUCUUAAGCAACGCGUUCCAGGACCACCAACACAGGAUGGCAGAGUUAACCUCGAGGAUGGAAAGAAGAAGGAUAAGGAAGGCAAGGGAUGCUGCUAA